CAAUAAUGCACGGGUGUGCCACCGGGUCACCACAAGCUGAGGCAGUUAUUUGAGUAAAUAUUGAAGACAAAAGCAGGCAUGGAAGGGACACUCAGCAAGUGGACAAAUGUGAUGAAAGGCUGGCAAAUUCGCUGGUUUGUCUUGGAUGAGCGAGCUGGACUGUUUUCCUACUAUACAUCCAAAGAGAAGAUGAUGCGAAACACGAGGCGUGGCUGUGUGCGUCUGAAGGGCGCCAUCAUCGGCAUCGACGACGAGGACGAGACCCUGUUCACCAUCACCGUCGAUGGCAAAACGUUCCAUCUGCAGGCGCGCGACGGUGACGAGCGCGACUGCUGGAUCCGCGCGCUCGAGAAUGCCAUCUCCCUGCUCACGCACAACAGUCACCGCAUCAAGCGCUGGGACCCGCACCAGCCGCUGCCCACCAUGGCCGACUUCGACCGGCAGCUGGUGGAGAGCGACGCCUACCUGCAGCUGAUGAUUCAGCAGGCGCAGGCGCUGGAGUUUCGGCUCUCGUGGCUCGUCUGGCGCCUGCGGCCUGUGCGUGCCGGGCUGACGCCGCGCGUGCGGGGGUGCGUGCCGCAGCGGACGAGAACGCCCCGGGCCCGCUGGCGCGACGCCGAGGUCAAGACGGGCGUCGAGUUCGGCGCUGAGGUGCGCGAGGACGAGCAGUCGGGCGCGCGCUCCGACCAGCUGGGCGAGCCGGCCAUCGGUCGUUUCGUGCAGGAGGUGCCGGAGACAUCGUACUCCAGCUCCGAGGACGAGGACUGGUUCGACACGGAGGACGCUGCUUCCAGUCACCAGCAGGCGCCGUCGCCGGGCGCGGCCGUCUCCAGCGCCGACUAUGAUGCCGCCUACGAGGAGGAGGAGGACGACCUCGGCUCGAUGGAGGGCCACGGCUCGGUGGUCAGCCACCUGCUGUCGCAGCUCCGCAUCGGCAUGGACCUGACGCGCGUCGUGCUGCCCACCUUCAUCCUGGAGCGGCGCUCACUGCUGGAGAUGUACGCCGACUUCUUCGCGCACCCCGACCUCUUCACCAGCAUCCCGGACUGUCCGACGCCCCGUGACCGGCUGGUUCAGGUGCUCAAAUGGUACCUGUCGGCCUUCCACGCCGGACGAAAAUCCGAGGUCGCCAAAAAGCCGUACAACCCCAUCAUCGGCGAGACGUUCAGGUGCGUGUUCGACAUUCCCGGCCAGCCGGCGUCGGAGACGGACUCACUGGUGCCGGACGGUCCCGUGCCCUGGGGCAGCGAGCACCAGGUGUGCUUCGUGGCCGAGCAGGUGUCUCACCAUCCGCCAGUGUCAGCCUUCUACGCCGCCGAGCACUACGGCCGGCGCGUGUCGUUCUGCGGCCACAUCUGGACCAAGUCCAAGUUCCUGGGCCUCAGUAUCGGCGUGCACAACAUCGGCCAGGGCUGUGUCUCCCUGCUCGACCUGGACGAGGAGUACCUCCUGUCAUUCCCCAGCGGAUACGGCAGGUACGCGCUCUUUGGAGCAGCGCGAGAACUGCGACCAGCUCGUGAGGCCUGA